CAUGCUGGGUCGGCUGGGCCCGGCCGCGGUGCACUGUGGGUCCGCUCGGCUCCCGCAGGAGGCGGUGGCGGAGCCUGGAUCGGGCCGGAGCCCGGGGGGGUCUGAGGCCCGGAUCCCCCCGGCACGGAGCGGGGACCCCCGGGAUGGGAGACCGCGGCCGCGACUGCAGGAGCCCCGACAGUUCGUCUCUGAGCUCAUCACCCCCACCGGAGCUCUCGGCCCCACUUCACCCCUCCAUGAUCAGCUCGGCCAUGACCUCCUCCAUCAACUCGCCCGUCAGCAGUUUGGGCUCCCCCUUCCCUGUCAUCAGCUCGUCCCUGGGCUCCCCUGGGCUCCCAGCCACGCCCUCCAGCGGCUAUGGCCCCGUAAGCAGCCCCCAGAUUAACUCCACUGUGAACCUGUCGGGCAUGCACUCCGUCAGCAGCUCGGAAGACGUCAAGCCCCCCCUGGGCGUGCGGGGUCUCCCGUGCCACCCCCACGGUGGCAUGAUGCCGGGGAAGCGCCUCUGUGCCAUCUGUGGGGACAGAUCAUCAGGGAAGCACUACGGGGUGUACAGCUGCGAGGGCUGCAAGGGUUUCUUCAAGCGCACGAUCCGCAAGGACCUGACCUACACGUGCCGGGAUAACAAGGACUGCAUUGUGGACAAGCGCCAGCGUAACCGCUGCCAGUACUGCCGCUACCAGAAAUGCCUGGCCACCGGCAUGAAGAGGGAAGCGGUGCAGGAGGAGCGGCAGCGGGGGAAGGAGAAGGACGGCGACGGGGAUUUUGCAGGCGGAGCGAAUGAGGAGAUGCCAGUGGAGAAGAUCCUGGAGGCAGAGCUGGCCGUAGAGCAGAAAUCGGACCAAAGCGUCGACGGCUCUGGCACUGGGGGCAGCUCGCCAAACGACCCGGUGACCAACAUCUGCCAGGCGGCUGACAAGCAGCUCUUCACGCUGGUGGAGUGGGCCAAGCGCAUCCCCCACUUCUCAGAGCUGCCUCUGGACGACCAGGUCAUCCUGCUGCGGGCAGGCUGGAACGAGCUGCUCAUCGCGUCCUUCUCACACCGCUCCAUCUCGGUGAAGGACGGGAUCCUGCUGGCCACGGGGCUGCACGUGCAUCGCAACAGCGCCCACAGCGCCGGCGUGGGGGCCAUCUUCGACAGGGUGCUGACUGAGCUGGUGUCCAAGAUGCGGGACAUGCGGAUGGACAAGACGGAGCUCGGCUGCCUCCGGGCCAUUAUCCUCUUCAACCCGGGUAAGGGACGCUCCUAG